UUUACGUAGUUCAAGAGAAGUCAUUAACUUUGAAUUUCAGCGUUUGUUUGUGUAUUUAACAAGAGCAUUGGUCAGGAUGAACCUCUGUCAUACACCGUCAGACUGACCACAAGGGACAAAAAUUGGAAAAUGAAGCACUCAUAAAAAAAUGAAGAACUGAUAAAAAUUAGCAUGGGAGAAAGCGACAAGGUGAAGGCAUUUGGCGAGAUUUGGGUCAACAUUUUGCAUCUUUUUUUUUUUCUGAGUGAGCCUUUUUCCCGGAGCAUCACAUGGACUGUGUUUUUCAUUCAUGAUUUCCGGAUCGCGCGGAUGUAUGCUUCAGAACUCAUUGCAGCAUUUUCAUGCCACCUGCCAGAUGUGAUUGCCAGCUGCAGAUAUCCAGGGACAUACUUCCUAAUGUGACCCGAAGACCUACUUAUUGGCCGUCAUGGGAUGUGGCACCUCUGUGGCCAUAGAAGCUCAAGAGAAAAGAGUGGAGAAAGAUGAAACAGUUAAAACUCCUAACCCAGCUCUGACUAUGAAGGCGGCUGUUUUGAUCCAGCGCUGGUAUCGGCGUUACAUGGCCCGCCUGGAGAUGAGACGACGCUACACCUGGAAUAUUUUUCAGUCCAUUGAAUACGCCGGUGAACAGGACCAGCUACAGCUCUCAAGCUUCUUUAGCUUCAUGCUGGAUAACUUCACUCAGCUUAAUGGAAACGGUCCAGAUCUGAUCUCACAGCUGCUUGACCCAGUAGUCGACCCCUGGUUGGACAGAGAGACGUGCUUUAACACGAUCCCUGUUCCAGAUUCAUACACCGGGCCACGACUGUCGUUUCCUCUCUCUGUCUCUGAUACAAACGCUCUCCUAAACGGUUUUAAGGAGCAGCAGACUCUUCAUGCCAGAUAUGUUCUUCAGCUGCUGUACGAGACCAAAAAGCUUCUCAAGCAGAUGCCAAAUAUCAUCCACUUAUCUACAUCCUACACCAAUGAGAUCACCAUAUGUGGAGAUCUGCAUGGGAGACUAGAUGACUUACUUCUGAUAUUUUAUAAGAAUGGCCUUCCCUCUGCAGAGACACCAUACGUGUUCAACGGAGAUUUUGUGGACCGUGGGAAAAAGUCUAUAGAAGUGGUCAUGCUCCUAUUUGCCUACCUUCUUCUUUACCCCGACUACAUGCACCUGAACCGAGGGAACCAUGAAGACCACAUCAUGAACCUCAGAUAUGGAUUUACAAAAGAAGUCAUGCAGAAGUACAAGACUCAUGGCCGUGAGAUCCUCCAGCUGUUUCAGGAUGUUUUCAGCCUUCUACCAAUCGCGACAGUCAUCGAUGGAAAGAUCCUCAUCGUUCAUGGAGGGAUUUCAGACAAGACCAACCUGGACUUCCUCAGCUCAAUAGAGAGACACAAGGUAAAAUCUGCCCUGAGGUUCCCGAGACGCAGUUUGGUUCAGCUGGACAUUGGGCAGUGCAGCAGACAGAUGAAGAGAAUGAGAUCAACUGAUGGCUCUCGUCCCAGCAGCGGCUGCAGCCACAGCAAGAACCAGCUAUCACAAAACCAGAGGAAGAGGAGAUGUGGUCUCAGCAGACAAGACAGCGCCAUCUCCACUUCUUCCUCCUCCUCCUCAUCUUCAUCGUCCACCUCUUCUCUCUGCUCUCCUCGAACUCCAUCCUGUCUCACGCCUCACCAGUGUCCAUCCUCCCCCAGUUCACCGUACACCAUCAGUGUCCUCCAGGUGCCUUUCCUGGACUCUUUGUCCUCUGUGGGACCUCCUUCCCCUCCACAGCAUGAGCGCGAAUGGAAACAGAUUGUGGAUAUAUUAUGGAGCGACCCUAAAACACAAGAAGGCUGCUGUCCAAACACAUUCAGAGGAGGUGGCUGCUACUUCGGCCCCGACGUGACUCACCAGCUUCUGAACCAGCACGGGCUGCAGCUGCUCAUCAGAUCUCAUGAGUGCAAACAGGAGGGAUAUGAGCUCUGUCAUGGAGGAAAGGUAAUUACAAUUUUCUCAGCAUCAAACUAUUAUGAGGAUGGAAGCAACCGAGGUGCUUACAUCAAAGUGGGCAGAGAGCUGGUUCCCCGCUUCUACCAGUACCAAGUUAGCCGCACAACACGUAAACUCACCCUGACACAGAGGGUUCGAGCUGCGGAGGGCUCAGCUCUCAGGGCUCUGAAGGAGAAACUGUUCAGCCAUCGCUCUGAGCUGAUGGCAGGCUUCCAGCAGUACGACCAGAAUGACAAAGGUACUGUGUCGGUCAGUGAAUGGACUCUGGUGUUGGAGACUGUGCUGAGACUUGAUCUGCCCUGGAGGACUCUGCGACCACACUUAGCCCGUCUGACACCAGAUGGCAGUGUGGAGUAUCAGUCCUGCUUUGAGGACAUGGGACCAGGGAUCCCUCUGCCACAGGUCACCCCAAACUUGGCUGAAACUCUCUUCAGAUACAGGACAGACAUUGAAAUAAUAUUCAACAUUAUAGACAAAGAUCACUCAGGUCUGAUCUCCAUUGAGGAGUUCCGUCACACCUGGCGUCUCUUCACCUCUCACCUUGGUGUAGACAUUGAUGACAGAGCCAUUGAUGACCUGGCCCGAAGUAUCGACUUUAACAAGGAUGGCAGUAUAGACUUUACUGAGUUCCUGGAGGCCUUCAGAGUCGUGCACAAACUGGACAACAAGGAUCAACAUGUGAACGGAAGAUGAACGAAGAAAAAGUAUUUGUGAAGGAACAAAUCUGAACACUUGAAGAACACAGUUUGUUUGAUCAGCAGGGAAACUAUCAGAGGAAAGAAAGUAGGACAGCAGUGAUGACAUUCAAUAUUUUAGUAUUAUUUAUAGUUUUAAAAGGUUAAGCACUUGGCAGUGAAAGUUAGAGAUUUUUUGAGCCUUUCUAACAGAAUGAAAGAGGUCUGUGCUUUGGGAUGCUUCGUUCAUGCUCUUUAAUUUCUCAGUGAAGUAUCUCAACAAACAAUAAAUUAAACAUAUACUUUGUAUUAGGUUUUCAAAGUCCCCAGAGGGUAAAUCCUUUACAUUGUUAAACACUUGAUCUAGCACCAUAGCAGGCAGUAUGAAAAAAGACUUGGGGUACAGAAAAGCAAAGCAUUUAUGUCCCAUGUUUCAUCUACAUCAUCCAUAUCAGUGAAUAAAAGUUUGACAUCCUCUGAUAUUUUAAUUAGCAUGACCCACAGUUCUCAGGUUAAAAGGUUCUACGAGAAAUAACUAGCCUAAAUUUUGGUACAGACCUCAAUUCAUGAAUCAGUAGCCUUUUGUACACAGUGCCAUAUCACACCCAACAUUACCCCUGGCACUCAACACUAAAGAGCAGGACAUGAUUGAUCUCUCUUUGUGAUAUUUUUACAGAAAACCAUCUUUAACAUGUAAAUAAGCAAGCACCUGACAACAUUGAGUCAAUCCCAGGUCUCUUAUGUUGCAUCCAUGUAUCUCACACUUGCAGCUGAGUCGGGAUGCAAUUAAAUGAAGUAAGGGAGUGAAAGAACAAGGAAAUAUGUUUUCAAGAUGCAUGUGACAUCCUUAGUAGUGAGGAAAAUGUAUUUUUAUCAGUCAAAACCCCAAAACAGAUAAAGACUCAUAACUUACGCCAUCCCUUGACUUGUUAUCCUUUUUAAGGGCAUAAAUUUGCACUGUGAAAUUUCUAAAAAUAAACCUUUAGCAAGUCUAACAAAGCAUGGAAAAUUGUGAAGUGGGCGCUACAGCUUCAUGUUUUAGUUGCUGCUUUAGUUGGUGCAGGUUUCUGACUGCAGACUGUAGACUCAAGAGAAACGUAGUCUUCAACAGAACAGCAGGAAAACGCUGUACAUACCACUACUGUAGUUUUAUAUUAAUUAUUGAAUAAAAUGUCAUAAUGGCC